AUGAAAGAUCUUGGCACAUUGAAGUAUUUUCUGGGCAUUGAGGUUGCUCGUAGUCCUACGGAAAUUUUCCUUUGUCAGCGCAAAUAUGCGCUUGAUAUUAUCUCUAAGGCUGGUCUUCUUGGCGCCAAACCAACUGGCACUCCAUUAGAGCAAAAUCACCAUUUGUCCUCAGACUCUGGGCCACUUCUUGAUAACCCGGAGCGUUAUCGUCGCUUGGUUGGGCGCCUGAUCUAUCUUUGCUUCACCCGUCCUGAGCUAUGUUUUAGUGUGCACACUUUAUCUCAGUUUAUGCAGCAACCUCAUACUGUGCACUGGGACACUGCUCUCCGGGUGGUUCACUUUCUCAAAGGCAAUCCAGGACAAGGUAUAUUACUUUCAAGUAGCUGUGAUCUCCAGCUUCACGGGUGGUGUGAUUCUGACUGGGCUAGUUGUCCUCUUACCCGUCGCUCCGUGACUGGUUGGCUUGUCCAACUGGGCCAAUCUCUUAUUUCGUGA